AUGCUAUUUCAAUUCUUUGUUUGUGCCUACAUAUUGUCCAUUUGCUUGGCUGACAUUGAUGAGAGUUUAUUGUAUUGCAAAAGUUCACCACCGAAAUUAACAAAUGGAAUUAUUAAACGUGAUCGAGUGUCGUAUUAUACUGGAAAAGGUUACUUGGGUAGUAUGGAAUAUAUGUGUUUACCAGGUUAUAACCUUCUUGGAAAUAAAAUUGUCACAUGUCAAAAUGGCAUCUGGUCAAAAAUGACUCAAUGCAUUCCAAAACGACGAUGUUCACCAAUUCAAACGUAUCCAAGAAAUACAAUUGUUGUAUCGGAUAAUAUAACUUAUUUUCAAAACGAUCCUCAACAAAUCAUCGCUGGUUCAAUCGUCACUUUACGCUGUCAAGAUAAGUAUGAACUUGAUCCAACAUCGGAAGGAUCAUUAACUAUACAAUGUCAAAAUGAGGGAUCAUGGACGCCAAUGCCGAGUUGCAGAUAUGUUCAAGGAUUAUGUAAUUAUUCAAAGUUGUAUCUACCAGCUGGAUCACGUAUCAUACGGAUGGAUUUGAAAUUUUCCGAACAUGAUCGACAGCUUCAUGCGGUUGGAAGUAGUUUAGAAUAUGCAUGUGACGAGGGCUAUCGUUUACGCGGUGACCAAACAUCACUAAUUGUUCAAUGUUUGGAAUCAGGCUCAUGGUCUGCAUUACCAGUUUGCGAAUUUGUUUAUCAAACUGAGCAACCAGUUCGAUGUAGUUAUCCUACUUAUAUCAAAAAUGGAUAUAUGGCUGUUUAUAACGUGACGAUCUGGGAAGAUCAAACAUAUACGGGUCGAAUCGUUUAUGAAUGUAAUUAUGGUUUUGAAACAUUGGAUGAGAAAGAUCAAAUCACCAGUGAAUGUAUUAAUGGUGCGUGGACUAGCGUCGCGGAUUGUCAAGAAAUGCCUACAUGUCCAAAACAAGAUCUAUUGGCUAUAGAGUCGCAAGCAGAAAAUUCUUAUGUUUAUAAUGUAUCGUUGCAAUACAUUCGUGAUCCACAAGCUUUCGUUUACAAUUCGUAUGUUCUUCGAGAGUGUUUACCGAAUUUUGAACAUGAUCCAUCCAGUCCAUCCUUGACAAUUCGAUGUCAGCGCAGUACGAAUACUUGGACUGGAACUCCCAUAUGUCGCGCCAUUUACACGUUAGCUACUGAAAUAAUCGACACAGUCGCUGAAGAAGCUUCGCAAUCAAGUGAUAACUUGGUUCUUUUAACGGAAAAUCCAACUGAGACAUCGAUUCAAGCCGAGACUAUGAGUAGCACUAUCGCAAUCAGUACUGUCCAUCCUAUUACUUGUGAUUCGAAUGAUAUUCCACUUGUAACAAAUGCUGAUAUAGUUCUAUCACCAUUAAAUAUAACUUAUGAUGUUGAUACUAAGCUAAGUUACAGAUGCAAGUCAGGAUAUGAAUCUCUACUGGACCAAUCAAGUCAUACGAUCUGUUUAAUAAAUGGAACAUGGUCAUUAGAUGCAAUAAAUGCAAGUAUGUGCCAAUUACGUCAGUUACCGGAAGAAGUAUCACUUGAUACUUCGACAAUAAUCAUGCCUGGUACAGCAGCUGAAUAUAAUAAUACAGUCGAUAACUAUGAAAAUGUUACAAUGAUGAAUGUUUCAAAUGCAACGAUGGCUUCAUCUACUCGAUCUAUAGCUGUUGGUGAUCGUCGCGUUCGGCAUAUUGUAUCUCACUGUAAACAAUUGCCAGAGAUUGAAAAUGCUCUAUUGUUAAGUGACGAUACAAUCAAAUCAAAUUCAAAUAACGAAACCACUUACUCUGGUUCACUUUUAUACGUUUGUCAAUUGGGUUUCAUGAGUGACACAAGUGAACAUGAACCAUUUCGACUGACUUGUCACAAUGGUGUUUUUCAUCCGAAAACCGUUUGCAUGGAAAAACCUCGAUGUUCACUUCCAUUACCUAUUGACAUAUCACGACUUUCGAUUAUCAAUUCGAUGAUUAAUGUAUUUGACACUUCAACCAACGAAGCACUACCCGGAUCAUAUGUUCUUGUAAAUUGUGUCAAUAAAACCAAUAACGAAAAUUCCAUUUUUAAUAUGACAUGCAUGGAAAAUGGACAAUGGUCAGCAUUACCAGUAUCGUGCAUUGCUCCAUUCAAGCGUCGUUGUCAAAGUGGGAUAACCAUUCCGAAUGCUCGAACGCGGAUUAGUGCCAAAUUAACUACUGAAGGAUACUAUGAUGAUGGUAGUCGUGCAACAUAUCAAUGUUUGGAUAAAUUUGUUCAUGAUCGUCAAUCUGGUCCCUUGCAUAUUCAGUGUCGAAACGGUCGAUGGGGACCACGACCUCGAUGCAUCCCAUCGGGCUGUCUGGAUCCAAUGCCUGACACGAUUGAAAACGGUUGGAAAAGUGCAGAAUCUUUUGUUAUGCAUAAUAAUAUGAAAUAUUAUACAUUAGCAAGAUAUUCGUGUAACAAAAAUGCAGUUCUGGUUGAUUCGUCUUUGUCGAUUAUUGAUAUUGAAUGUCAGAAUAGGGAAUGGAAAAGUACAACAUUACCUGCUUGUCAAAUUCGAGAAGAAGAGAGAAAAAAAUGA